GGACUGCUCGGUUUCAGGCGCACGUAGAGAACUCCAGCGGUUCUGCUGAACUUUCUUGCUUGGAACUGUGGUUGCCUGCUGAUCCGGUGAGAUCUCGCGCUAGCUGUGACAUGAGUACGGAAGCAGAACAGCAGCUUCUCCAUGAUGCUAGAAAUGGAAAUGCUGAAGAAGUUAAACAGCUGUUGGAUACCAUGAACAAAGGAGAAAUAAGCUUUGAUAUCAACUGUAAAGGCAGAAGUAAAUCUAAUAUGGGUUGGACACCUCUUCACCUUGCAUGCUACUUCGGACAUGCUGUUGUGGUAGAGGAUUUGCUGAAGGCUGGUGCAGAUGUGAAUGUGCUGAAUGACAUGGGGGACACUCCACUCCAUCGUGCAGCUUUCACAGGACGUAAGGAGGUGGUGAUGUUACUCUUGCAGCGUAAUGCUGAUACUUCUAUUGUUAAUGGGAGUGGAGAGACUGCAAAAGAAGUUACUCAUGAUAAAGACAUAAGGAUUAUGUUGGAAGCGGUGGAAAGGACACAAGAAAGGAAACUGGAAGAAGAACUCUUAGGAGCAGCAAGAGAGGGGGAAACGGGGAAACUGAUUGCCUUGUUGAACAAGCCCAAACCACCUGAUAUCAACUGUACAGAUCAGAUGGGGAACACACCACUGCAUUGUGCAGCAUACCGUGCCCAUAAGCACUGUGCAUUGAAACUUCUAAAAAAUGGAGCAGAUCCUAAAAUAAGAAACAAAAAUGAUCAGACUCCCCUUGAUCUAGCCCAAGGUGCAGAAAUGAAACUGAUAUUGGGAGGUAAAACUGGAAAGGUUAUCAACAAACCCCUGAGACGAUAUGAAGGUCUCCUAUGGAAGAGCUCACGAUUUUUUGGUUGGAAACUCUACUGGAUAGUUCUAGAACAUGGAGUCCUUUCCUGGUAUCGGAGACAAGCUGAUGCAGCAAAUAACGAUCAUCGUCAGGGAUGCAAGCAUCUAACACAAGCUGUCUGCACGGUAAAAUCUACAGACAGUUGCUUCUUUUCUGUCAGAUGUUUUGAUGACACUGUUCAUCGUUUCAAGAUUCCUAAAAAUAGCCUUCCUUCUCAAACUAGAGAGAGUUGGCUGGAAGCAAUAGAAGACCACUCUGCAUAUAGCACUCAUUACUGCACACAGGAACAGUUGAGUAGUGAUGAUGAUGAGGAUGAUACGGUAUCUGUUACAGACCUACAGGAUACUCUUAAAAAAGCACAAGCAUGUCAACAAAGACUCAAUAAAGAGAUUUCAGACUUUCUUGCAAUGGUUAAAUCUUUGGAUGCUACAAAAGGAAUAUCUUCUCCCCUCCUGCAAAAAGUUGAUGUGGUCUCUGAAGUAUCCCAGGAAACAUGUGAGGCCCUGGCUGACUGCCUCAAUUUAUUCACAAAGCAAGAAGGGGUGAGGAAUUUGAAACUGGAGCAUGAGCAGGAGAAAAACAAGAUCUUGUCAGAAGCAUUAGAGACGCUAGCUACUGAACACCAUGAACUAGAGCAGUCCCUGGUUAAGGGAUCUCCACCUCUUAGCAUCAUCAGUGAAGAGCAGUUCUAUGAUGCUGUUUCAGAUUCAGAAUCUGAAAAAUCAUUAAGUGGGUUUGAAACAACAACAGCCUACUCGUUAGAGGACAGCAUGGAUUCAAAAGAUACGAUAACUUCAAGCAUGCCUGAAGAAAAGGUUUGUGGCAGUGGGGAGUCGCUGUCUAACGGAAUCAAAAAACACAGAACAAGCUUGCCAUCUCCGAUGUUUUCUAGAAAUGACUUCAGCAUCUGGAGUAUCUUAAGAAAAUGCAUUGGAAUGGAGUUGUCGAAGAUCACAAUGCCGGUUAUAUUCAAUGAGCCACUGAGCUUUCUACAGCGACUUACAGAGUAUAUGGAGCACACAUACCUCAUCCACAAAGCCAGCUCACUUUCCAGCACAACUGAGCGAAUGCAGUGUGUUGCUGCAUUUGCUGUGUCUGCUGUAGCCUCGCAGUGGGAACGUACAGGGAAGCCGUUCAACCCGUUGCUUGGGGAGACGUAUGAACUGAUCAGAGAUGAUCUUGGAUUUAGACUUCUCUCAGAGCAAGUUAGCCAUCAUCCACCAAUCAGUGCUUUCUAUGCUGAAGGUUUAAAUAAUGAUUUUGUGUUUCAUGGAUCAAUUUAUCCUAAACUCAAAUUCUGGGGCAAGAGCGUGGAAGCGGAACCAAAAGGCACAAUGACUUUGGAGCUUCUUGAACACAAUGAAGCCUACACGUGGACAAAUCCUACGUGCUGCGUGCAUAACAUUAUUGUGGGCAAACUUUGGAUCGAGCAGUACGGAAACGUGGAAAUAACUAACCAUAAAACUGGUGAGAAAUGUGUACUAAGCUUCAAGCCCUGUGGCCUCUUUGGGAAGGAGUUGCACAAAGUUGAAGGCUACAUUCAGGACAAAAGCAAAAAGAAACUUUGUGCCUUGUAUGGGAAGUGGACUGAGUGUUUGUACAGUGUUGACCCAGCUACAUUCGAAGCUUACAAAAAAAAUGACAAGAAAAAUGCAGAAGAGAAGAAAAGCGGUAAACAGGUGGGCAAUACUGAGGAACCAGAUGAGAUGCCGCUGCCAGAUUCUGAGAGUGUGUAUGUUAUUCCUGGAAGUAUUUUGCUAUGGAAGAUAACUCCAAGACCUCCAAAUUCAGCACAGAUGUAUAAUUUUACUAGCUUUGCUAUGGCUUUGAAUGAGUUGGACAAAGAAAUGGAGAGUGUCAUUCCCAAAACUGACUGCCGGCUACGACCAGAUAUCAGAGCCAUGGAAAAUGGAGAAAUAGAUCUAGCUAGUGAAGAAAAGAAGAGGCUAGAAGAAAAACAAAGGACUGCCCGCAAGAAUCGUUCAAAGUCAGAGGAAGACUGGAAGACGAGUCACCCAUCAUCCCAGAGUCCCAGAUGGUUCCACCAAGGCCCCAAUCCCUAUACUGGUACGCAGGACUGGCUUUAUUCUGGCAACUACUGGGACAGAAACUACUUUAACUUGCCUGAUAUUUAUUAAAAUGCAAUAAGGAGCCUGUGAC